AUGCAUGUUUUUGACAGCGACACAACAGCCCAAGAUCAACUUAAACAGCCUAGUUGCCUGCACACGAGCGAGCAGAGAGAGAAAAGGCGCACGAAACGGUCGCAGAAACGGCGCGAGGCCGACGGAAAAGGGCGCGAGGCCGACGGAAAAGGGCGCGAGAACCAGACAAAGGGCGCGAAAAAUACCAUCGCCGGAGGGGACGAGCUCUGGCGACAAGCUGCUCUUCAAUCGUGUGGUUCCUUCUCUCAUGAAAGAAGCACCUGGUUGAGAUGGAAGAAGAGGGCAACAAAGCAGACAAUGAGUCCAAUGCAGCUAUACUACCUGAUUUCAUACCUCAAGUUGGCAUGGAAUUUGGAAGUUCAGAUGAGGCUUGAGCAUUUUGGCUUCGUUAUGGUGGGCACAGAGGCUUUGAAGUUAGAAAAAGAUGAUGCUGGAAUUGGACCAAAAGCUGCACAUGAGUUGGCUUGUCGCCAAGUUGGCGGACCACUCAAUCUUAGCUACACCCUUCGUGAUCACAAGCUUUGAUGGACAAGGAGAAGGAUUCCAAUGAGAAGAUGGCCCUCAAAAGCUUCACCCAACUCUUGACUGGACCAAUCAGUGAUGAUCUUCUUACUGGAGAUUUAUUGUAGUAACUCUGGUUUGCUGUUUUGCUCCAAGUGGGCAUAUGCGUUCACCUUUGUUUUGCUAUUUUGCAAGCAUCCUAGAAGCAUGGAUAACUUUAGUUCUGUGUAAUUUAUGUAUUUACCUUCCAGUGAUGUGAAUGUAUGAAUGCAUUUGACAGCAUGCAGAAAUCUCUGCAGGAAUCUCAACA